GGAGUCCUCUGUCAGAAUUCAUACCGUUGUUUUGAAAUUGGGAUUUACUUUUAAUGGAAAGAAUAUCACAAGUUUUUCAAUAAGAAUCAGUGAAUUAGUGAAAUAUGGAGCAGGAUACAAAGCGUUUAUCUAUCCUUAAGAAGCCUACUCGAUAUGAACAGUCACCUGCUAAUACCGUAACCAAAUCGCUUCGUCGCAUCAGCUUCUCAGGAACGAAAUCUGUAAAAGAAUUCAUUGCUGGAAGUAAUGAAGCUACAAUUUGGGGUACAUCAUAUGAAGAGGAUGCCAAUCAUGCGAGCGCUGCCUCCGUGAAAGAAAGUAGCACCGUCGACUUGUCGGCAGCUACUUCAAACUUAAAUCUAAGCGGUAUGAUGUUACGCAAUCGUAAAGUGCUCGCCGCUAAUAUGUUUUCGGAGGUUAAUAAAGAAAAUAUAGGAAGGAUCGAUAAUGAUACUAUGGAGUUCACGAAUUCAAUCAACAUCGCGUCUUCGUCUGAUAACCGAACAUUCGAGAGAACCAUCGAUGUGACUUUGAAUACAUUUGAACUAGAAAAUUUCAAAUUCAACAGAGCCGCUUUAUGCACUCUAAUGAAAGAAAAUACAAAGGCUGAUAGUGGUCCUGUUGAUGGCCUUCAUUCUGAUGAAUCAGCGGAAGCCAUAGCCGAUUCUACUCAGAGUUUCUAUUGCAGUUUUUUGACCGAGAAACAUCGCGAUUUGCUCCGAAAACAAAGGGAACAUAUAGUGGAUGAACCGAAUCGGUUUCAUAGUGCGUUAGAUCAGUUGAAAUUCGAUGAUAGUCCGGUAGAAGAUGCGGAAAAUGUUAAAGAUAACAAAAAGGGUGGUGAUGACGACAUGGAUAUCAGUUUCGAAGGGAGCCCUCCUGGUAAACCAUCAGGGAAUGAAGUGGUGACGAAUAAGGUGAAAAUUGGAUUCCAUCAUGGAGAAGGCAUACAGGAUCGGCCUUCUUCUCAUAAUAGUGAAAGUGGACGUAAAACAAUUGUAUUUCAUAAAGAGUUAUCGAUGGAUGCUUUUGGCAUUUCGAGUGUUCAAACUGACAGUGAAAGACUAACCAGGAGCAGACGAACUAUAAUGCCUUCUAAUGAAGACAUGGAUGUUGAAAAUAUUCCACCCCAGUUACAAGAGCCGGACAUAAAAGGCGGAUGUAAGCGUAAGACAAUUAUUUUCAAAAAAGGAGAAGAAAUUGAAGAAGCAGCAGAACAUAAUUUACUGCUACGCAGCAAUGACGCAACUCACAAUGCGAUUUCAAAUGAUAUGCAAGAUAUGUCGGUCUUCCAAGUGAAAGAGAGUUUAGGGAAUUUCCCUGAUGAGUUAGAGAAAAAUAAAAACUUAGCAGAGAUGGUUAAUUCACGUGGUAAAGCUCGGCAAACACAAAUUUUCGAUAAUGGAGAAAGAAUUGAUGAAGUUUCUGUUCAAACUAAUCCGAUUAGACCGCAAUGUAAAACUCGCCAUACGUUAGUUUUCGAUGAUGGCGAAAGAAUUGAAGAAGUUGCUUCCAAGAGGAAAACGUGCAUAUUUAAUGAUGAGAGUAUUAACGUCGAUAAAGGUAAAGACGAUCUGCGAAGGAAAUCCCAGUUAGUUUCAGCCAAUGUUGAAGAAACGCCAGGUACUAAAGUUGAAGGACAUCCAGAAGUUGUCCCAAGUUCUUUGAAGCACUCUGAAAGCAAAAUACCAAGUUCAGUUGUGAAAGUCACGAAGUUUUCAUUUCAAAAUCACCCUCGCAAAACAUUGAUUUUUCCCCGAGGCGGCACGCCAUACUUUGUACUUCAACGAGGAUAUUGA